CACCCCAAUAAUAUACACAAAUUCAGUUAUAAUUUUAGUCUUUGUUAUUAUCUUAUCUUUAUCUUAUCUUUAUUUUAUCUUUAUUUGUUUUUAUCUUUCGUAGAACAAUGUUCUAUAUAUAUUUAAUUUUACCUUCAUAAUUUACAAUUUCAAUCAAUCACCAAUUAACAAAAUUUCUUCAUCUUUUACCUGCUUGAGAAACAAUAGGAUUCGCUAAAGCACAAUCUAUUUAUUGGGUUCUCACUGAACCCAACAGUGGCACUAGCCAUGUCGGGAGUCGAUAGAAUUAGUGCAUUACCGAAUGAUAUUCUUGUUCACAUCCUUUCUUUUCUGGAAUCUAGAAUGGUUGCAGCAACAAGCAUUCUCUCGAGCAGGUGGAGGGAUCUGUGGCACUCAGUUCCCACAGUGGACCUCGAUGACGCACUCUUCCAGGAUAAGGAAGAACUGUUUGUUCGCAUCGCCUACGCAGUUAUGCUAUCGCGAGAUGUAACGCAACCCAUUCUCAAUUUCCGCCUCAAAUCUGAGUAUCCUUCAUGUCGUCAAUGUGAUGUAGAAUUGUGGCUCAACACCGCCAUUCAGCGUGAAGUUAAGAGGAUUGAGCUUCAUUCUCAGAUAAUAAGGUUGCCGAUUGGAAUUCUCACAUGUGCAAGCCUUGUUGUUCUCAAGUUGACAUUCUUAAAAGUUGACCGUGUUUUAACAGUACACUUACCGGCUCUUAAAACUUUGUAUUUGAUUUGGGUUGUAUUUGUAAAAGAUGAAUAUCUUGAUAUGAUUCUCUCAGGAUGCCCAAAUAUUGAGGACUUGCAAAUCAAUAGUUCUUCUUUUUUUCGGCUAGAAUUCAGUUCUCGUGCCAUCACUUUCCGUAAUCUAAUUCACAUGAAGCUCUCCGUGUAUGAAUGUAAAUGGAGGUUGCUAGUUGGACUGCUCAACUCCUGUCCCUUGCUUCAAAUUCUUGUCAUCAGAAAGGAGAAGAAAUCGGCAAGUGUAUUGGAUCGACUAAAUCAGCGUGACACACAAACCGUUCCUGGAUGCCUUUCAUCGCACCUAAGAGCCUGCACUAUAAAGAAUUUUCAUGGUGCUGAUGUUGAUAUUCGAUUUGCAAUAUAUAUUCUGCAGAAUGCAAAUGUGUUAAAGAAGAUGACCAUAUGUUGCUCGAGUUCCUCAAGAAAAGAAGAUAGGCUUGAAAUUUUAAAAAAGAUAUCCAAGGAACUAAUCACACAUAAUAAAUCUGAGCAUUGAAAACCUUAGAGAUGGAACUCAUGACUUUUUCUAUCAUGUUAUGCUCCAAGCUCUUUUGAUAUUGUAUUGUAUAGAGAGACAAAUAGUCAUUGUUGGAGAUCAAUGAUCAAUAAAAAGAAAGCUUCUUUUGGACCUUUUGGAACUUCCAAUUGGAUUCAAGAUUUGUUGAUCUGCCUUAGACAAG